AGGGUUCGUCAAAAAAAUCCCCAAACCAAAAGCGGAGACGACCAACGGAAUAAGCUGGCUGCGGCUCUCAAACUCUCGCUGCACCUGCGAGCUCUCCGCCGCCCUCGCCGCCUCCAAGACACCAUUCUUUCCGCCGCUGCUUCAACUACCCUCCUUUUGCCGUCGCCGGCGUCCUCGUCUCCACCCUUCACCGCCAGGAACGGAGAUCAACCUGAUGACCCGAACUUGGACUGAUUGUUCCCUUCCUCGUCGGUGAGGUAGCUUGGUCUGCCUGGAUGGGUUGAUCCCUCCGUCCCGAGGAACACGAAUCUCCCUCUGUGAUAAAGACAUCUCAAUCCGCCUAGCUGGUAGUGGUGGCGUCCUGGUAGCGGCAGGAAGGUUCAGCUAAGGGGCCGAGGCCAUGGCGGUGGAGUUGGGGCAGCAGAUGGUGGAGCUGGGCGCGAUGGUCCGGCUCGCGGCCGAGGAGUCGUACCUGGCGCUGCGGGACCUCGUGGAGAUGUCGCGGACCGAGGCGGAAGCGGAGGCGCAGGGGAAGGAGGGCGUGCGGCUAAGGUCGGACACCGAGAAGAAGAUCGACCUGCUCAAGUUCGUCGACCGCACGCGGCAGCGCAUGCUCCGGCUCCAUGUCCUCGCCAAGUGGUGUCAGCAGGUUCCUCUGGUUAAUUACUGCCAGCAACUGGCAUCAACGCUCUCUAGCCAUGAAACAUGUUUCACCCAAACAGCAGACUCGCUGUUCUUUAUGCAUGAUGGACUGCAGCAGGCCCGUGCUCCCAUUUUUGAUGUUCCAUUUGCUACAGAAGUCCUUCGUACAGGGAGUUAUAGGAGAUUGCCAAAAUGUAUAGAGGAAAUAGGUACCCAGAAUACACUUUUUCAAGAUGAACGAAGGCCUACUUUGAAGAUAUUAAACACCCUUGUACGGGCAAAAUUACUUGAAACCUCGCUUCCUAAGGAAAUUUCAGAGGUUUCAGUGACUGAUGGGAUAGCCAAUCUUUGUGUACAUGGAGAGUUUAAAGUUCUUCUUACAUUGGGUUACCGUGGCCAUUUCUCGCUUUGGAGGUUAUUGCACAUGGAGUUACUUGUUGGUGAUAAGACUGGACCCAUUACGCUUGAAGAGACGAGAAGAUAUGCUUUGGGUGAUGAUAUUGAGCGGAGAAUGGCUAACACUGACAAUCCCUUGAUGAUUUUGUAUACUGUAUUGCAUGAAUUAUGCAUCUCUCUUGUUAUGGAUACUUUAAUUAGGCAGGCCAACAUUCUGCGGCAGGGUAGAUGGAAAGAUGCAAUAAAAUCUGAACUUAUUUCAGAUAAUAGUGCAGCACAAGUUGGGAAUAAUGCUCCGGUGCAGCUUGGGCAAGAUGGGGAACUUGAUCAGAGUGGUUUCAGGAUACCUGGUUUGAAGGUGAAUUACUGGCUAGACGAAAACAUCAGUGGCUCAACAGAACCUGAUGUAUCCCCAUUUAUCAGCAUUGAGGCAGGGAAGGAUAUGCGGAUAAAUUGUCUUCACAGCUCAUUUAUACUGGAUCCACUUACUGAUAAAGAGGUUGAUCUUUCUAUUGAUCUUAGUUGCAUUGAUGUUGAAGCACUUAUUUUGAAAGCAAUUGCUUGCAAUAGACACACCCGUCUUCUGGAAAUUCAAAGGGAAUUGAGCAAAAAUGUUCAAAUUUCACAAUCACCUGCUGAUGUUGUCCUGAAAAGAGAAGUCAUUCACGUAGACAGCUUAGGGAAGAAAGUGGAUGGAAGCAACUUUGGUAAUUGUACGAAUGAAGUUCUCCAGGUUAGAGCAUAUGGACAAUUGUAUAUUCACCUUGGGAUAAAUAUCAGGAGUGGUCGCCUCCUCCUUCAAUCAUCCAAAAAUAUCUUGCUACCUUCCGCGCUAUUAGAAUCUGAAGAAGCUCUAAACAAAGGGAGUCUAACAGCAAGUGAGGUUUUUGUGAGCUUGAAGACCAGGAGCAUCCUCCACUUAUUUGCUGCAAUUGGAAGGUUCCUGGGUCAUAAGGUUUACUCCCAGUCCCAGGUUCCUCUAAAAAUUCCAAAGUCAGUGUUAUAUGGUUCAGAUUUUACGGUCAUGGGGUUUCCUCAAUGCACAAAUGCCUAUUAUCUGAUGAUACAACUUGAUAAUGACCUUACACCUGUUUUUCAUUUGCUUGAGACACAGACUGAUGAAAGUAACAAGUCUAGUACUGAUUCUACGACUGAUGCUAAUCAGGCCGUGAGGUUUAAUAGGAUUAACAUUAGCCAUAUGCAAAUAGGUGAAGAAAAAUAUAGUCUCAACCUAUUUGAUUCUGAGAAGCCACUAGAACAUAUGGUUAACUACAACCAAUGUAUUGAAGGUAGAAAUGUCAAGCUUCUACCCUUAACACCUUCAUUGUCGCCUUCUUUUUCUUCUCUUGUUGAUGAAGUAUUUGAGCAUAAUCUAAGUUCUUCAACCACAGAGAAUCAGCUUCUGCCACCUCAUAGUUUGGCCUCUAAUCAUUUAAAUUCUUACCAAGUUGGUGCUGUUGGAGUCAGUGGCACAGUUUGCCCACCUGAGCUGGAUGGAAACUUUAUGCAUUCCGACAUUAAUUUUUCAGAAGUUAAACCUGGUGUAAGUUUGAACAGUGAUCUGCUGAGUAAUCUGAACCACUUUAAAUGUACAAAUGCUAUUUCCAGUUCAGGCACCGCCCACAUUUCAUUGAUGUCGUCAAACUGCAAGUCUGGUCAUGAUCUUACCUCGUUGAGAUCUUCAGGAGGCCAUAAUAUUGUGCAUGGAGGUGAAUCACUUCAACCUGUUUCUUCAGAUGGCCAAGGAGUUUUGGGAAAUACCUCCACUAUGCAAUUUGGAGGGUCUUCUAGGAAACGAUCUCUUUCGGAGUUUUUAUUGAGUAUCCCAUCAUUACAACAAUCCAGAAUCAGUGAAGGGCCAAGAAAGCGAAGAAAAGCACCAGAACAUAUGAAGGAUGGUAUUCUUUUUAAGGAAUAUUCGUCCAGUGCACAAUCUGGAAAAACCGUCACAUAUGGAAAUAUAUUUACAGAAGAAAAGUGUUGUAUUACAUCAGCCUUUUAUGCUUCUUUACUUUGUCGUGUCAUAAAGCACUGUUCACAUUUGAUCAAAUAUGCUCAACUCACUACCCAGAUGGAUUCUCUUGGCAUCUCAUAUGCAGAAGAAGUAGUGCUGUGGACGCCAUCUUCUAAUCUUUGUUUGCGGUUACCCUUUCUUAAAGAGGAUUCAUGGAAACAUGUAUGCUUACGCCUAGGUAAAAGUGGAUGUAUGUCUUGGGAUGUUAGGAUCAAUGAUCCAUAUUAUGGUUCACUCUGGAAAGUCCAUGGAGGAAGUGCUACUACUGAAUGGGGUAUUGGUGUUUGCAUAGCAAAAACUUCUGAAAUAGAUUCACAUAUCACUUUUGAUGACGAUGGGGUUGUUUUGACUUAUCACACUGUUGAGGCUGAUAGUAUACGCAGGCUUGUCUCAGAUUUACGACGGCUUUCAAAUGCGCGUGCAUUUUGUUGUCAAAUGCGGAGAUUGAUUGGUGUAAAAGUGGAUGACAAGCGAGAUGAAAAAGCGACAUCUGUGGAGAUAAAUGCAAGAAAAGGUAGCAGACACAGGCUUUCUGAACAGAUGAGGAAAACUUUCAGGAUUGAAGCUAUUGGUUUGAUGAGCUUAUGGUUCAGUUAUGUUGUUGUGCCUAUGGUUCACUUUGUUGUUGAGUGGAAGGCUGGUGAUGGAGGCUGCUUUGUUCAUGUUUCUCCAGAUCAACUUUGGCCACAUACAAAGUUUUUGGAGGAUUUCGUGAAUGUGGGUGAGGUAGCAUCAUUCUUGGACAGCAUCAGGCUUACAGCUGGACCAUUACUUGCCUUUAGUAGUGCAAUUCGCCCUGCAAAAAUGCCUGUGACACUUCCUGCUGGUUACAGUUCUGUACCAAAGCAAAAUAGCUAUCGGUCAGAAGGGGCUUCAGCAAAUGGCUCAUCAACUACUGUGCAAAAUACAUCUGCCCCACUGAACCCUGCAGUAGCCCAUUCUAACAAGCAUAAUCUUCAGAGUUCUGUGCUUACUAUUGCAGGGCGGGGUGGGCCUGGAUUAGUUCCUAGUCCAUCAUUGCCUUUUGAUGUUACUGUUGUGCUUCGUGGACCAUAUUGGAUACGUGUUAUAUAUCGCAAGAUUUUCUCUUUCGACAUACGCUGCUUUAGCGGAGAUCAGGUAUGGCUGCAGCCAGCAACCCCUCCAAAGGGCGGGCCUUCAAUUGGGGGAUCUUUACCUUGCCCACAAUUUCGACCUUUCAUAUUGGAGCAUGUCGCUCAGGGUUUAAAUACUUUUGAACCCAGCGUUAUGAGUGCUAGACAUAGUAGUGUACAAUUGAAGGCUAGCAUCAACAAAGCUUCUGGAGGUCAGCAAUCAGCUCUUGCUCUGAACCGCUUUCAUGGUGCUCACGGUAUAGCUACUUCUGGACCAACUACAAAUGUUGGUAACCAGGUGGCACCUACUUUCAUUCGAGCAGACAGUACUGUUGUGGCAUCUUCAAAAUAUGCUUCAGGAAAUGCUGGAGCCCCUCCACACCUUUCUCCUGGAAUAAACCUUCCUGUUCAUAUGAGAAGUGAGUUGAGCUCAACUUUGACUGCAGUUGGGGAUGAUGGUGGCUAUGGUGGUGCAUGGGUUCCUCUUGCUGCUCUUAAAAAGGUGUUGCGAGGCAUCCUUAAGUACCUCGGAGUUCUAUGGUUGUUCUCCCAGUUUCCUGAGCUUCUGAAAGAGAUACUAGGGUCAGUUUUGAAUGAGAAUGAAGGUGCACUUUUAAAUUUGGAUCAGGAGCAGCCAGCACUGCGAUUUUUUGUGGGUGGUUAUGUCUUUGCAGUUAGUGUUCAACGAGUCCAACUGCUUCUUCAAGUUCUUAAUGUAAAACGAUUUCACCACCACCAACAAAAAAAUCAGCAGCAAGCUCAGAGCCCUGCUCAGGAAGAGCUAGCAACAUCAGAGAUAAAUGAAAUAUGUGACUAUUUCAGCACGCGUGUCGUCUGUGAACCAUAUGAUGCUUCUAGGGUUGCUUCUUUUGUCACUUUGCUUACAUUACCCAUUCCUGUUCUGCAAGAAUUCAUAAGUCUACUUGUAUGGAAGAAAAGUCAGUCCCAGGUUCAUGGGGAAAUUGCGAGUGCAUAUAGGGUUCAGGUCGAACUCUGUUUGGAGACGCACCAUGGAUCGGUUUCAAAUGACCAUGCUGAGAGUUUGUCUUCAUCAAAGAGCAACAUUAAGCAUGACAGAGCCAACCGUUCAGUAGAUUUUGGCCUAACUUUUGCACUGGACCAUACUCUUAAACAUAAUUCCAGUGUUGGUGGAGCUGCUUGGUUGCCUUAUUGUGUGUCUGUGAGACUGAGGUACACCUUUGGGGACAAUUGUCAUGUCACGUGCCUCGCAGUGGAAGGGAGCCAUGGUGGGAAAUCUUUCUGGUUGCGAUAUGAAGACUGGGAAAAUUGUAAGCAAAUGGUUGCCAGGACAGUGGAGACAGCAAAUGAGUCUCCUGCGAUUGGAGAGACAGGCAAGGGGAGAUUGCGACUGGUGGCCGAGAUGAUCCAUAAGCAACUACAACUUUCUCUGCACCAGCUAACGCUUCCUGCGGGUUGAAUAUAUCUCAUCUUUAGUACUUGAUGACUGCUGGCAGAUGAAGAAUAUGCUUGCUGAAAAGAAAGGAAAGGUGCUCCACAGUGGGGGUAAUAACAUACAGGUUGUCUGCUGAAGGCAUUGCAUUAUAUAUAUAAUAUACAUAGAUAACGUUAACCCCAUUAACUUACUGUAUGCUGCUGAUCAACUCUUGAACCCCGCAAAGCUUGUGGAGCAUGGCUGUGGCAGCAUGAUAGGAAUGUAACCUGCCACUAUUCUCGAAAGGAUAUUGACAUACUGUCAGUACCCCCUCGAAACUGCAAUAUACAGGAUGGGGCAACUGAGACUUGGGUUGUACAUUAGAGUUUAGAAUAUGGCUCUGCCCCAUUUUUAGUGAUAUUCCAACUAGUGUCUCUGUUGGGUCAGUGAAAGUUUUGAGCAGUUGUUGAGGAAUUUGCAGGACUUUGAGACUAUAUUCAUUUUAAAGUGAUUUUAAGAGCACGAAGCUGAGUCCCUAGAAACUCAAAUCUGAUAUGGCUCUGGGCCUAUUGUGUACCUGAGACCAUGAAGCAUAAUGUUUGUGCUUGGUAAUUUUGCUAUUGUUGCCCCUGGCACAUUUUAUACAGCUUUAUUACAGUGUGCUUUA